AAGCAUUGGUGCUCUCUGAUGGAAUAAGCCUGUGUCAUGAGCCGUGUCCUCCUCCCCUCCUGGAUGUCAGCUGCCUGCUGUGGGGCUCUGUCCUCCAUCAGACGAGGCAGCCUCAGCAGCUCAGUGCGCAGGCACGACGACCUGGCCUCCCACAUAAUACGUGGUGUCUGAGGCUGGAGAGGCUCAGAGGGAUGGGACCCGAACGAGGAGAGAUCUGCGGCUAGCACCACAGCAGGUCCCAGGGAAAGUUAAUAAGGAUGAGUUCGUGCGCUGACAUCUGUGGAUCCAAGCAGGCGCAAAAUACUCCUGAAGGAGGUUACCAUCGCUAUGGAGUUCGGUCCUAUCUGCAUCAAUUUUAUGAGGACUGCACAGCUUCGAUAUGGGAAUAUGAUGAUGAUUUUCAGAUACAGAGAUCGCCUAGCCGGUGGAGCUCUAUUAUCUGGAAGGUCGGACUCAUAUCUGGCAUUGUCUUCAUGCUGACAGGCAUAACAGUUCUUGCAGUUGGAUUUCUGGUGUCACCAAAAGUUGAAGCCUUUGGAGAAGAUGAUUUUAUUGUGGUGGAUAGCCAUGCAGUCCAGUUCAACAGGGCACUUGAUAUUUGUAAAUUGGCAGGUGCAAUCAUGUUUUGUGCCGGGGGGACUACUUUGGCGGCAUGUCUUUUAAUGUCUGCUUUUGCUAAAAGUUACUCCAAAGAAGAGAAGUACCUUCAACAAAAAUUUAAAGAAAGAAUAGCAGACCUUAAGGCUCAUGUGCACCCUGUGACGAAGGCCCCGGCUCCCGGAGAAUCAAAGAUACCUGUUACUCUAUCCAAGGUUCAUAAUGUCCAACCUUCAUCUGAAACCUGACAUUUACCCAUCAUUGUACACGUAAUUAUAUGAAAAGGUCAGCUUUUGUGAGUGUUACAGUAGGGUCUUUUGUGGUACAGUCCAACUGUACAUGGCUGAAAAAAAUGAAUAGGCCAAAUAAUAGCAAAAUGUGAAAAGAUCCUGAAAUUUUGUGUGUUAUUGUUUGGAGGCUUACCCGAUCUUCAUGGUAAAUCUUCUGAAUUGAACACUGCUGUUAACAUUCAGUCUGUCCCAUCAAUAGUCCCCAGUGGUGAUGGCAAAAUAUUGUCUGUGUUGUGCUGUUCUUUUCACACUCGCUCAUAACGUUCUUUCAAACUUAAAUUCAGCAUAAAUAUAAUAAUAAUAUAAAAUUCAAGUGUGAAGGGAAAGGAACACAUAUGUUAGAGAUGGAAAGACAAAACUGACAAAAGUGUGAGGGCUUUUCCUGGUGUGAUAGAAAUAAAGAAUGAAGAAGACUGGGGUCACAUUUUUGGAAAAACUUUUCAUAUCGCCUUCAUUUAAUAGUUUAGCAGCUUUGUGAUAUAUUUUAUGCUUUAGUUUCUUUUGGAAAAUGUUAGAUUUCAGUGAAAGAAAACAUUCUUGUUGGAUUCAGACAUCAGAAACUAGUAUUCUGACAGUUCAGUAUCAUUGUAUCCAAUAACUAUUAUCUGUGAGCUAAACUGCUUGAUACAUUGUAAAAAUUUGUUCAGGCUAUUGUCACAUUUCAGUGUCCAUCUAAGAUAUACAUUGUUGUUUUUCCCCAAAGUAUACAUCUGAGGACACCUCAUCCCUCGGCCAUACAUAAGCUCCCAUGUCUAACAUUCUGCAUACAUUUCUUUACUCUAUGCCUCCAUACAGCAGAUAAAAGUAAAACCCAACGUAUGUUGCCCAUUGGAGGUCAUUCUGAUCUUUAAUGGACAACAUACGUUGGGUUUUACUUUGCUCAGUUUGGUCUCUAUAGGAUAACAGUGGAGGGAGGGUCUAUGGAUCAAUUUAGUGUCAGUGUAAAAAUAGCCUAGGAUUUGUGCUGUUUAUGUAAUUCACUCACAGAGGAUUUGCCUGCAGAGGAUAUAGUUGUAGCAGCCUUUUGGCAAUGCCAAUCGGUGUUUGAAUCCAAUCAGUUCUCCAGUUCCCACAAACCGGUUGUUAAAAUGGCAGCCGGUUUGACAAAUUGGGAAGAAGCAGUGAUCCUACAACACUGUUGCGAGUGAGGAGCCUCUAUUGUUUUCUCACAGCCCACCCUGCACUAUGGCUGGUAUUACAGUGCUAAUUCAGUGGGUGGAAGAAACAGCAUAGUGAUCUUAGUCGCAUUCUAUGCAUCUCAUAGUUUCUACUCUGGCUGCCGGCCCAUGUCAGAUGACAGAAAACUGGUGCCACCCCUGAUAAAAGUUAGUAAAUCUGUACAGGUUUUCAACCUCUAAAUGUAAACAAGAACAUUUUCAGUCAAUGAUGGCUACCAAGAGCUUGAAAACUGAGAAUACAUUGAAACAACCAGAAAAAAAUUAUAACGUUGCAACAUGAGUUACAUUAAAGGGAUUGAGCAGCGAAAAGUAACUUAUCCCCUAUCCACAGAAGAAUGGAGAGGUGUCAGAUCGCGGGGGUCCAAAUGCUGGGACUCCCUGGGAUCUCCUGCACGGCCCUGGCUCUCUGAGAGGAGCGCGUGCUGGGGACGGCACACACUCCAUUAAUAUCCAUGGAAGCUCCAGAGAUGCCCAAGUACAGCAUUCGGGUCUCUUCGGUGCUCCCAUAGAGAAUGAUUGGACCCUGUGCUAUCAGGGAUAAGUUACUUUUCACUGCAAAACCCCUUAAAGCAUUACUUAUCUUAAACGGGAAAACCGCUUGCAGGUCACCUUCCCCUUCAUUGUUCUCUGUAGAAACCAUUAGCAGUGCAGAAUAUAUUAUCCAAAUGUAUUCAUUAAAUGGGUACUGGAAAACAUUUUUAAAUCAACUGGUGCCAGAAAGUUAAACAGAUUUGUAAAUUACUUCUAUUUAAAAAUCUUAAUCCUUCCAGUACUUAUCAGCUGCUGUAUAGUACAGAGGAAGUUCUUUCCUUUUUGUCUGACCAGACCACAGUGCUCUCUGCUGACACCUCUGUCCAUUUUAGGAACUGAUUAGGAGCAAAUCCCCAUAGCAAACCUCUCCUGCUCUGGACAGUUCCUAAAAUGGACAGAGGUGUCAGCAGAGAAAAUUGUGGUCAGACAGAAAGGAAAUUAAAAAAGAAAAGAACUUCUUGUGGAGUAUACAUCAGCUGAUAAGUACUGGAAGGAUAAGGAUUUUUCAAUAGGAGUAAUUUAGAAAUCUGUUUAACUUUCUGGCACCAAUUAAUAAAAAAAAAAGGUUUCCACGGGAGUACCCCUUUAACAGCUGCAUUCUAUAUUUCACUAAGGAGAUUCCUUACUUUUUCUUCACACUUAGGCCACUUUUCACACAAGCAUAUUUUGUAUUUCAUCCAUUUUUUUUGACUCAUAAUACAGACCUAAUAUUUGUCUACGUGGCUAAUCACAUGGGCUUGUAAAAUAUGCACAUAUUUAAAAAAUGCAGCUUGUGCUACUUUUAUUGAUUUUGCAGAUGGAAAACACCCAUUGAAGUCUGUGGCGAUGGAUUUAAAUACGGAUGCAUCUGUAGGUGUUCCAUAUUUGAUCCCUAUUGCAUUGAUACGUCAUCAGUACGUCGUCUAUAUUACAUCCAUUUUGAAAAAAUAAGGAUGAGUUUUCUGCCUAGAAGACAAACCUGUCCAAAAAUAUGGAUACAAUAAAGAUGACUUACUGAUGCUAUUUCUAAUAUACCCGUAAUACAUUAAUAUUUGGGAUCUGUAUUACAAUCAUAAGCCCUUAUGCUUGUGUGAAACAGUCCUUUGGCCGUCAUAGUCAGCCUGAUGCCAAAUUCAUCCAUUUUCUGCUCAUGUGAAAGCGACCUUUAAGGAAUUUUCUUACUAAUUACAAUUAUCAUCUAUUCAAAGGAUGUGUAACGGGUGGGACCACCCAAGUCCACCAUUCCUUCCUUCCUUACAACUGUGGUGAAGAGUUUGAAUAGAGGUGUGGUUCAGCACUAUAUGCUACGUCUAUAGGGUUUAUGGAACCAGCCAAGCUCUUCACCACUUCCACCACUAGGGUGUCCGACCCAUACUGAGGGAAAAUCAAGCUGUAUUCAGGUGUAUAAGGCUGGUGUCAAACAUGGCAGCUUUCCGGAGAACUGCCGCAGUAGUUUUUGAGCCAAAGCCAAAAGUGGAUCCAAAAGGAAGGAGAAGUACAGUAUUUCCUGUUCCUUUUGAAUAGACUUCUGGCUUUGGCUUAAAAACUGCUGUGGCAGUUCUCCCAAAAAAAAUAAAAAAUAAAAAGGCCAUUUGUCACAAGAGCCUAAGGACUCCCCUAAGGUAGGAACCUGCUUCUAGCAUUUAAGAACUCUACUGUGAGGGGAAGCAGGAAUGGUGCUGAGAGAAAAUUAUUACAACUUAUUUGCUAUAUGUUACCAAUUUCUUGAUUUGUUAGUUCAUAGAAAACAAUGGAAGAAUCAAUUUGUCUCGAAUUCAUGUAAAGAAAAAAAAAACGAACAAAUUGACUCCCCAAUGUGUUCUAUUGGAGUUUUUACCUAGUGCUUACUACUACUACUGGUUAAUGUAGAACUCAAUGAGCCAGUAGAUACAUUUCUGUUUUGCGCUUGUUUUAUUGUUACUAUAUAUAUAUAUUGUGCAGUGUUUUCUUAUUCUGUCUACUUUUAUGGGACGGAAUGUUGGUUUAAAUGACUCUGUCCUGUUAGAACAGGGAAACUCAGUAGAACAUAAACAUCAAAUGGCAAAUCAAACAUGAGUUAUAAUUUAUUAAAAUAGUAAGAAAUAUGCCAAAUAAUUCGAAUAAUUUCUUUUUAAUAUAUGAUGGACCCUUUUUGCCCACCUGGUCUUAUUAGAACAGCUUCCCAUGCUUAAAAGGGUUGUAUCCAGGGCUCAAGUCCUCCAGGAACGGGUGGAACUGAGCUCCUACACUUUUUCCACAGCAUGAACACCGUUCCUAUUAACAGGACCAGCCCUUGAGUGGAAAUCUUGGGUGAAUUCCCCCACUUUUUUCCCAAGACUUGACCCCUGGUAAAUAGUUAUUAAAAACAGUGCCACUCUUUUCUAUGGCAAUGUCUGGUAUUGCAUUUUAGCCAUCAUUUAAAUCAAUGGUGAAAAGCUGCAAUACAAGAUACAACCCAUUGACAAAAGUGGGAAACUUUUUCCUCUGAUCUCACAGAAGCCUUUUUACUAUGAUGUUAAGUAUCAUCCAACUAGAAAUGAUACAUAAGUCCAUUCCAUGAUGCAUAAGUCAAGGGAAAGAAAAACUUUGGGGGAAAUUUCUCAUUUGCAACUUUUUCACCCUUUUUUUUCCAAGUGUGCACUUUCUAGUUUAUGCUAGCUUUAGUUGUAAUGUAUAAUUUGCACAUUUUUUUUCUUCUAUGCAUAAAAUAGAUGUGGCUACAAAAUUACUACAACCAAACCAUGCCCCCUAUGUGCCGAAGCCAUGCCCCUUUGGCGGAAGCGGUGCAAAAGUGGCUAACACAGAAAAGUAGCACAUUUUUUUUUAGUAAAGUAAGGCUUGUGCAAAAUUCUGUUACUUUUUUUGUACACCAGCAUAAAAUUAUGCUUAAAAUAAAUAUAGAAAAACUCCAAUUAUUGGGUUGUUCAAGACUAUAAUAAGGGGUUUGCUUUUUCCCGAAAUAGAGCUGCUCUUGUCCAUGAGCUGCUCAGGUAUGUGUACUUCAGUGUGGCUAAGCAGCAAUACCAGACACAGCCCAUUAGGCUAAGGUGGUGCUGUUUUUGGGAAAAAAAAGCAUACUUUCUUACUAAUCUCAGAUAUACUUCAAACAUAUGUUUAAAGGGAAUCUGUCAGCUCUUUUUCCAGAGGAGGAACAAUGGGGAGGGCACACCUGUUGAUAGCUAAUCCGAUAUCUAUGUAGAGGAGGGUUCAGACCUAAACUGCCACAGUCCAAGAUCCAGCAGUAUAUUAAAUGACACCUAGGGGUUCACGCAAUCCAAGUCAAGUAUCAUAAAGCCUUCUGAGCGCUCCUGAGCACCCACCGAUGCCUCCCCAUUUUCCCGGACCCGUAGAUACAUACUGUGCGGUGGGUGCAUUUAUUUGUUCUCUUAGGAUAUUGCCUUCUACUUUCUCAACCAAGUGUCAAGGAAUUGGAGCCCAACUCACUUCCUAGCCCCUCUAUUAUUGAUAUGCUGGGUUUGGCUUACAUUCAAGGAGAGGCUGGGAGGUGAGGCCGUAUGUGGAGAUGUGCCUUGCUGUGGCACUUGGGUAUCUCGCUCCACCUCCAUUGGCGUUUGGCUGAGAAAUAAAAAAUGCAUUUUAAUAAGUUUGGUAACCACCAUCAGCUCCAGGAAAGAUACAGUUGCUUUUCUACCUUAACAGUUAUCCAACAAUGUCUGGAGCUCACAGCAACAGAUACAGCUGACAGAUUCCCGUUAACAGCUAUAUUCUGGACCGAGGAAAUGUCAUAAACAUGUGGUCAGAAUACAGUCUAUCUGUCUCCUAUCAUCACAGUCACUAUGCUGCUUUUGCUAUUAGUUUCACUGUAACAAAUAUAUUAUUCCAAGUACUGCUCAUUUUUUAUUUAUUGCUCUACUAUUGCCUAGUUAUAGCCUAAUGUACGUUAGGAAUCACAUAUCUAAAUAAACUUAGCAUUCUCAGGGACAUUUAUGAAAAGAAAAUAUUAUUGAAUCUCUUCUUUUAGAUGUUGAGCGAAAACUAUUUUUACAAAAUUUUGAAUGCAUGAACAGAGGAGUUUGUUUUGAUUUUUAAGAUAAAAUUAUGCAAUAAUAGAUCAAAUUGAACCUUACAACUCAUAUAAAGAAAAACGUAUAUUGUCCCACUCCAUUUUGACGCCUCACCAUUAUUUUGCUUCAUUUGUUGUUGUGUGUAAAUCUCUCUGUAAUACAUGUAUUCUCUUUAUCUCCUGAAUCAUGAGCAGAUGUUAUACUCUUGAUUGUGCAAUGACCGGCAGAGACAUUUGCAGCACUUUGUUCAGUGACUUCAGCACAGUACAUGUCUGAGUGUUGUUAGAAUCGAGGCAUUAAAUACAGCUAAUGCACUA